CUCCUGGUCUAUCCGCAGCUUCCCUUCCGCAUCUCCCUUCGUCUUCCGAUAUGAAGGCUUUUCUACUCAUUGCUCUUCUGAGCGCAACGACGUAUUGUGCCCCAGAUCACGGCUUCUCAAAUGGAUUUGGAAGCAGCAAUGGUGCCCUAAGCAAUGGCUAUGAUGCCCAACUAAGCACAUCCUACGGAGUUCCCAAUGGGGAAUAUCGGGUCGAUUUCGAAAUUGCUGCCUUGGCUGAAAACAUUCCAGGUGGUGGUGUCCCUGGAGUAGACUAUCCAGUCCUGGCUGAUGUCCCUGACACAGGAUUCUCCUGCGAUGCCCAAACUAUCCCUGGAUACUACGCCGAUACAGCCCCUGAGGCUGGCUGCCAGCUCUUCCACAUCUGCCAGGACAGACCCAAUGGACGCCGCCAGCAGGACUCCUUCCUCUGCCCCAACGGCACCAUCCUCAAUCAGCAGUACUUGGUCUGUGACUGGUGGUUCAACUUCGACUGUUCCACUGCUCAAGACUUCUACUUCGUCAACGAAUUCAUUGGAGUCGAACCAACUGCUCAGUAUGCUAAUGGUAUCAUCAAUGGCAACGGAAAUGGUCUUGGGAGGUCCGCAUACACUAAUGGAAAUGGCAAUGGUAAUGGUGCAACUGGCUACACCUAUGGCAAUGGCAACGGAAAUGGCAAUCUAAGAAGUGGAUUAACCUACGGUAAUGGAAAUGGCAAUGGAAGGAAUGGAUACACAAAUGGAAAUGGUAAUGGAAAUGGCAAUGGGUUGAAUGGAAAUGGCAAUGGACUGAAUGGAAACACCAAUGGAAAUGGAAAUGGUAAUGGAAAUGGAAGGAGUGCAUAUACCAAUGGAAAUGGAAAUGGCAAUGGAGUGAAUGGAUACACCAAUGGAAAUGGAAAUGGAAAUGGCAAUGGAAAUGGAAGGAGUGCAUAUACUAAUGGAAAUGGAAAUGGCAAUGGAGUGAAUGGAUACACCAAUGGAAAUGGAAAUGGAAAUGGAAAUGGCAAUGGAGUGAAUGGAAAUGGCAAUGGAAAUGGCAAUGGAAAUGGAAGGAGUGCAUAUACUAACGGAAAUGGAAAUGGCAAUGCAUUGAAUGGAUACACCAAUGGAAAUGGUAAUGGAAAUGGUAAUGGCAAUGGCAAUGGACUGAAUGGAUACACCAAUGGAAAUGGAAAUGGAAAUGGUAAUGGCAUUGGAGUAAAUGGUCACACCAAUGGAAAUGGUAAUGGAAAUGGAAGGAGUGCAUAUACCAAUGGAAAUGGAAAUGGCAAUGGACUGAAUGGAUACACCAAUGGAAAUGGUAACGAAAAUGGAAAUGGCAAUGGAGUAAAUGGUUACACCAAUGGAAAUGGCAACGGAAGGAGUGGAUACACAAAUGGAAAUGGCAAUGGAAAUGGUAAUGGCAAUGGCAAUGGACUGAAUGGAUACACCAAUGGAAAUGGAAAUGGAAAUGGUAAUGGCAAUGGAGUAAAUGGUCACACCAAUGGAAAUGGUAAUGGAAAUGAAAGGAGUGCAUAUACAAAUGGAAAUGGAAAUGGCAAUGGACUGAAUGGAUACACCAAUGGAAAUGGUAACGGAAAUGGAAAUGGCAAUGGAGUAAAUGGUUACACCAAUGGAAAUGGCAAUGGAAAUGGAAACGGCAACGGAUUAAAUGGGUAUACCAAUGGAAACGGCAACGGACAUGCCAAUGGAAAUGGCAAUGGCAGCAAUGGACUCGCCAAUGGCAAUGGAAACGGCGGCGUCCUCAGAUCCCCAUCGUUGUCCUAUGGCGCCCCCCUCCCUUAAACUGAGGAGAAGAAACGACCCAAAUCCCCAAAAAGGCACCGGACCAGGAAUCGGCUUCUCUAACUGGAACCUCCAUUAGCCUCUAUUUGUUCUUAUUCUAAGUCCAUCUACUUCUUAUUAUUCCUUUUUUACUUCUCCUAUUUAUAGCUUUUUGUAUUUCGAGAAUUGUACGAAAAAUCUUAAUUAUAUUUUGAUAUUUAAUAACUAUAUUUUUAUAUAUCAACAAAUUUGCAAAACAUACAAUGAAAUGCAAUAAAUAUAUAUGAAGGCAA